AUGGGUGCUGCCUCUGCGGUCAUCGUCAUCAUCGCAAUUAUCUUCUUCCCUCCUCUCGGAGUCUUCCUCCUUGCCGGAUGUGGCGCUGACUUCUGGAUCAAUGUCUGCCUGACCCUACUCGGCUACAUUCCGGGCCACAUCCACGCGUUUUAUCUAGCAUAUGUCUACUACGACCGCCGUGAACAGGCUCGAGAAGGCCGCUACGCAGCGACCCAUGCGCCGGGGAUCUACAGUGACCGUGUCCAGACUGGCGGAGGCGGGUACGGCACGAUCGCGCACCAGACCUAG